AUGGUGCACCUGAUUGGUGUAGGCCCAGUAGGCUCCAAGUCCUUGCUCAAGCUGGGGUUAGGCCCUGAGUCCCAGCACAAAGUAACUCAAAGUGGUCUGAGCCCUGAAAGCGGACAGCAGGCCCUUUGGGAGAAUAGAGCCAUUCACGUGGCCACUUGGGCCAUGCUCCAUGAUGUAGCCUAUGAGGAAGCCACACCGUGGACGUGGAGGGGCCAUUCAGAUGUUGACUUCGCAGUGACUGAGAAUGGCUUGUGGCUCAUCUACCCGACUCUCGAUGAUGAGGGCUUUAGCCAGGAGGUUAUUGUCCUUAGCAAACUCAACUCCGUGGACUUGAGCACGCAGAAGGAGACCACUUGGAGGACUGGGCUCAGGCGCAACUUCUAUGGGAACUGCUUUGUUAUCUGUGGGGUGCUCUAUGCUGUGGACAGCUACAACCAGCGCAAUGCCAACAUCUCCUAUGCCUUUGACACCCAUACCAAUACCCAAAUAGUACCACGGUUGCUCUUUGAAAAUGAAUACUCUUAUACCACCCAGAUAGACUACAACCCCAAAGAUCGCCUACUUUAUGCUUGGGACAAUGGCUACCAGGUCACCUACCAUGUCAUCUUUGCCUACUGA